CAAAUCUCUCUCCCUAUUGUUAUGGUCUUUGUCCUGCACGCUCUCUUCCUCAUCCCACACGCCACACCCUCUUUCUCUCUAUCUUUCUCAUCCCAAAUGCCAUACGCUCAUAUCUCUCUUUCCCUCAAUCUAGUGUUCUGUCUUUUUUUCCCCCUAUUUCUCUCCUCAUUUGUAGGCCCAUAAAUUCUAUCAAACCAGAGGAGGAGGAGAAAAUCCCAUAAAAAAUCGAAGAAAAGACACACUGGUUCAAUAUGUGGUUUUGAUUAGAGACCUCAUUGAUUCAUGGCUUCUUGGUAGUGUAGUAACUCUGGGUUGCCACGCCUCUGUUUUAGCCAUAUAGUGUUCAGAGACGACCCAUUAACCAGUCCAUAUUGUGGCCCUGAUAUUUGAUCAUAUGCAUAAGGCCUCUCUCUAUAACAUUUCCCAUCUUUGACAUACGCACUCUCUCUAUAAUCCUUCUCUUAAUGUCUCUCUCUAUAACAGGCUAGCAUUUUUGCAUUUGGCAAAUGGCUUUUUCUAGAAGUGUUAAACGUCCCAUAGAGUGUCUUUUGAAGCAACAUUCCUAUUCUUCAUGGGCCUAUGGAUACCAUGGACAUCAACUACCAGAAGUUAGAGAUAAAAGUUAUAGAAGUCUCUUCUGUCAUGGUGACUUUCAAGGCUCUUAUGGAGUCCCCAUACUGGUGCGAAGAUUCAGUGUUGAAGUUUCAGCUUCAGAGCAAAUGAAUCUUAUCAAACAAUUGAGGGAAAGGACUAGCGCACCUAUAAAAGCCGUAAAAUCUGCUCUUGUUGACUGCAAGUGGGACAUUGAGGCUGCACAAAAGGAUUUGAGGAAAAGAGGGAUUGUUCUUGCAUCUAAGAACGCUUUAAGGACUGCUACUGAAGGUUUACUUGCUCUAGUCCAGGAUGAAAAGAAGGCGGUUGUUAUUGAGCUUAACUGUGAAACUGACUUUGUUGCUAGGAAUGAAAUAUUUCGAUACUUGGCACUGUCUUUGGCAAAAAAGGCCUUGUCAGUUGAAGGUGCUACUUCAUCAGUUUUUCUUCCAAUUGGACCAGAGAUCUUAGAGGACAUGAAAAUAUCUCUGGAUCAUCCAAAAUUUAAUGGGGUGACAACAGUAAAGAGUGCAAUUACUGAGGUUUCUGCAAUGGUGGGGGAAAAUGUGAAGCUUAGAAGAGGUUGGGCUUUGUCAAGGUCUUCACAUGGUGUUGUCUCUUCAUACCUCCAUACCAGUCCCCAACCAGGCUUAGGUCGUAUUGCUGGAGUUUUAACACUCGAAGCCGAAGAUCCCAAUGUUGCAUUGGAUGCUCUUCAACGAGUUGGUUCCCCACUGGCUAUGCAUAUUGUUGCAUCAAAGCCUCUUUUCUUAUCGAAGGACCUUGUUCCAUCAGAAGCAUUAGAAAAUGAAAGAGACAUCUUGAAAACUCAGGCAGCAAAUUCAGGAAAACCUCAGGCCGCUAUAGAGAAAAUGGUGGAAGGACGUUUGAAGAAGUAUUUUGAGGAUGUUGUAUUUUUGGAGCAAAAGUUUGUUAUGAAUGACAAUAUCAACAUCAAGUCAGUGCUAAAUGAUCUAUCAAAGGAAGUGGGUUCAUCUGUGAAGAUUGGGAACUUCUUCAGGAUGGAAGUUGGAGGAGCUCAAAGAUCAGAACCCUCUACCUCCCCUGAAACUGCAGCUCAAGCAGCAUGAGCCUUACUUGCCAUAACCCUGGUCAAAGGCAUGAUUUUUCCGUUGAUUCACUCAUAAAAUUCGAGCAUGCGAGCUUCUUUUGCAACCUAUAAGAGAGAAUAAAUAGGAUGCAUGUAUUUUCGCUCAUUUUUAUGGGUGUAAAUUAAUUGCAUUGCCUUGAGGAAUAAUGUACAAUUGAGAGUCAGGUAUUUGUGUCGAGUUCUGCUGGUUUUGUUCUAGCAAUUUUUGUCGCUCUUUUAAGUGGUUUAGAGGAUUUCUUAUAUGUGCUUCUUUGACACCAUUGGUGACUGGUUCGAAGGUAUGUCUUAGAGAGAACUUCGAA